AUGGCCUACUCCAAUUCCAGCAAGCCAUUAACAACUUCAAAUGAAACCCCAAAAGAUUAUGAAGUUCCUCAAUCGCCUCCAGAUGGAAUAUCAUCGGUUACAUUUUCUCCACAGGCGGAUUAUUUUGCAGUUACUUCUUGGGAUAAUCAUGUUCGAAUAUAUGAAGCAAAUCAACAAGCUGGUACUACUGAAGGAAAAGCUUAUCAUCUACAUGAGAAACCAGUACUCUGUUCGGCCUGGAGUAAUGAUGGUACAAAGGUAUUUUCAGGUGGUGCAGAUUGUGCAGGACGUAUGUUUGAUAUCACCACCCAAACUGCAACUCAAAUAGCUCAACAUGUACAACCAAUACGAUGUAUCGAAUGCGUCGAUGCAAACAAUAUCGUAGUAACUGGAGGUUGGGAUAAAACACUCAAGGUGUAUUGGGAUUUAAGAUCUCCACAACCUGUUUUGAAUGUUAAUCUACCUGAAAGAGUUUAUGCAAUGGAUUUACAUUACCCACAUCUUGUGGUAGGAACAGCUGAUAGAAAUGUUAUAUAUUACAAUCUUACCAACCCAAACUUUAGUACAUUGAAAUGGCAAACACGUUGUGUUGCAUGUUAUGUACAACCAAUACGAUGUAUCGAAUGCGUCGAUGCAAACAAUAUCGUAGUAACUGGAGGUUGGGAUAAAACACUCAAGGUGUAUUGGGAUUUAAGAUCUCCACAACCUGUUUUGAAUGUUAAUCUACCUGAAAGAGUUUAUGCAAUGGAUUUACAUUACCCACAUCUUGUGGUAGGAACAGCUGAUAGAAAUGUUAUAUAUUACAAUCUUACCAACCCAAACUUUAGUACAUUGAAAUGGCAAACACGUUGUGUUGCAUGUUAUCCAGCAGGUAAUGGUUACGCAAUAGGAAGCAUUGAGGGAAGAGUAGGCAUACAAUAUUUCGAUGAGAAAGACCAACGACAAGGAUUUUCAUUCAAGUGCCAUAGAGAUGGAAAUAAUAUUUAUGCAGUGAAUGCGAUAUCUUUCCACCCAUUAUAUGGUACAUUUUCAACAUCGGGAAGUGAUGGCUCGUUUAGUUUUUGGGAUAAAGAAUCUAAACAACGAAUCAAGGGUUUUAAUACGGUUGGUGCACCUAUUAUUGCCACUGAUUUCAAUAGAAAUGGUACACUGUUUGCUUAUGCUGUAAGCUAUGAUUGGAGUAAGGGAUAUCUUCAAUACCCGCAAUUACCUACAAAGAAUGCAAUUUUCUUACGUGCAAUAUCUGAUGAUGAUGUCAAACCUAAAAAAUCAACAAAAACAAUAAAGAAUGUCGAAACAAAUAACAGCGAUCUCAGAAUAAUCAAAGGAGUUAAUUAUCAGGACGGAACAAUUUUAUUAAGAUUAUUGAAUCCAUUAAAUUAUUGUAAUGAGAACACAAUCUAUUUACGAUUAGUGCACACAAAUGGAACGGUUUCAACUUUAAAUUUGAACAAUUUAAAUAUUCCAAAGGAUAAUUUCUGUGAUCAACCUACUUUUGUUGCUUAUCAUAAACUUGGUGAUAACAAUAAUAAUGAUCAUACGUCUACCGCAAAAUCAACUUGUUCUAAAAAAAAUCCACAAUGUUCAACUUUGCCAGCAACAGUAGAACCUCAAACUACCGCGAUAACUGCAACCCCUACCACAACCGAUGCAGCCAAUACACCAACUACUACUAAUAACAAUCCAAAUAAUCCCACAACAUCACAAACUCCAAACCCAACGAAUAACAAUACAAUAACAACAUCUCCGGAUGGUAGCGUUGAUCGUAUAACAAUACACGCGAUAUCUUUUAAAUAUAUUUUAAUAAACUAUUUUUGUGAUCGUUCAGUGUCUAAUAAAGUUUGUGGUGAUGUCGUCACCUGGACAGGUGAAUUAGUCAGUAAAAUCGAAUUUGAGAAUAUAUGCGAUGAUAGUAGGAUUGUACAAAGUCAUAAAAAAAAUGUUGGAUUUUUACGCGCGUGUUAUCUUAAAGACACUAAAGAAAUUGUUUGGACAAAAUAUACUACACCGAAUGUUCCCACUGGUACAAUAUUCCAAGUUUCUACUGGAAAAAUAACAAAUGUGAUCAACUUUAACUCAAAUGUUACAAAUUUCUUUUCAACGGAAGAUGGAGAAUAUGCAAUGGUUACUUGUACCUCUAAAACAACUACCAUUACCAACAAUCAAUUUACUGAUGACUGGACAAUUUCUGUAACAUUUUUACCCAAAGACAAUGGUUCACCACUAACAGGUCCUUUUGAAUUAUACAAAAGUAAAACUACUGGUAGUGGUUUAGUUGACAUAGUGAACAUUCGUAGAUGUGACCUUGCCUAUUACUCAUCAGGUUACAGUUGUCUGAUUUCUAUUUUCAGAUCAACAACAACAAAAAUAUCGUUUAUAGAUGUUGAUUUCUUAUCAUCUGGUAAAGUAAAUUCGGUGACUCCGGAAUUUUCAAUUACUCAAAUUACCACAGCCACAAUAUGGGAUGUUCAAACAUUGUAUUAUGGUGGAUAUGUUAUUUUGGUGGAAACUCCAGCCGGCAGUGUUGAAGGACAUGUUUGUAGUAACAAUGGUACUUAUUUUGGAAAUUGGGGUUUCACAAAACAAUAUGAAUACACAAAUAAAAUUGCUGGAGUUCUUCCAAACAAUACACUUUGGACAAUACCUAAACAACAACUUGAUGAUAAUAAUUCUUGGACCUGUGUAUUGACUGAUACUUUAACCACAUACAGUACAGUUCAGAAUACUAAUAGUAAUGUUAAUACAUUCCCUGGUGGCCCUGGUGGAUAUGGGUCUGACAGUAUAUUAUCAACAACUCCAGAAAAAAAUUCAAAUAUCAUAUCAACAGAUAUCAAUUUAAUCACAAUAACGUAUACUAAAUCAAUUAAAACAUCAUCAGGAAAGAUUAAUAUUUAUCAAAAACGUUCUAGCACAAGCCCUAAUAUUGAUGAUGAUGAUAAAGAUAUAUUGCGUCAAUCAUGUUUUGCGCAAUCAGACUAUGUUCAAAUUUCGAAUGAAACCACUGCCCAAGUCAAAGUUUUAAAAAGUACCUUUAAUAACCCUGGAAGCGAAUAUUAUGUGACUGUUGAAGAUGAUUUUGUUAAAAGUGCGACUACUGAUCAAAAUAUUAUUGGUAUAAAUUCAAAAGCAUGGAAUUUUAGUACAGUCUUAGUUAAGGAUGAAUCAUACGUUAAUUACGAUUCAGAUUCUGUUAGUUGUAUAAUCCGAUUAACACCAGAAGGCACAACAUAUUACACAUCAUUAUCAACUGAUGAUCAAACAGAUUUCGUUGGUAAAAUAUCAAAUGAAUUAUCCAAUGCUCUCCCAUGUGAUGUGACACGCGUAACAACGUUGACAAAAUAUCAAUAUAGCCUUCAUAAUAACAAUAUCAAUAAUGACAAUCUUAGUCAAAAAGUAUUUAAAAAUGUCGGAAUGAACAUUACAGCUAGUUCAACUGAUCAAAUAUUUAUGAGAGUUGAAAUCGAGGGCACAUUGUCAAGAACAGAGUUGAGUGCAGUACAACUAGCAAGUGAUCUGAAUGAAUUGAUAUUGAAUAAAGACGUCACAUUAUUAUCUAAAGGAUUAUACACCAAUUUGAUUGAUUCAGGUUAUGGAGCUGAACGUUUAGAUCAUUUCAAAGAGAAAUUUAGAUGGAUAUUCAUGAUUAUAUUUAUUGGAUUUUUACUACUAAUGCUUAUUAUUUUAUGGAUAUUAAUAAGAAUGCAUAAAUACAAAGCGGCGCAAAGAUUUUUGGCAGCUGUUAUGUUUACGUUCAUCAUAUCAGAUUUCUGUCUGAAUAUUGUUUUUAUAUCUAUACACGGAAAAGAUUUCAAAUGGUUAUACCCUCUAAGCAUCACAUUUUUAGUAGUACCAAUUGAAGUGACAGAAUCUUCAGAAAAAAGGACUUCUACCUUUUCAUCGAAAGCAUCUAUUACCUCUUCAUCUUCAUCGUCGAGUGGAAAAUCGUUGAUACCAAUUGUUAAUGAUAUUGUAUCAAGAAUUUUCGAUAAUUCCAGCAAUAAUACCCAUGUUAAUGUUAAGUAUAUGUACAACAGUAUUGAUCUUGAAAUUGAUAGUUAUUGUGCUUGGAGAAGUAUGGUCGGUACUGGUGGUAGUGAUCGUGAUGAGUAUGAUGAUAGAAAAUCAAUUAUUGACAGCAGUAGUAGUAAAUAUAUGAAAGGGAAAAAUGUUGGCAGUGAUAUUAGUGGUGUUAAUAAUACCAAUAGAAAAAAGAAAAACUUUAAUAUUAGUAGAAAUAAUAGUAUUAAAGAAAUAGCAGAUGAUGAUACAAAUAGUACUACAAGUAAUAAUAGUAACGAUUGUUAUAAUAGCAUUAGUAGUGUUGAUAAAAAGAAAAAGAGGAGGAAUAGAGGUAGUAAAGAGGAUGAAGAAAAAUACGUGUCGUUGUUUGAUGAUGAUUAUAAAAAACCCGCUAGAGUAAGAUCUAUUAAAGAGAAGAAUAAUACGACUAAGGCAGAUCUUGAUGUAGUAGAUGUUGCUAAAGAUCCAUUUAAUGAAACAGAAUCGAUGACCACAGUAGCAAAUAACAUUAAUACUAAUAAUGAUGAAAGCAAAAAAGAGAAAGUUGAUGAUAAAUCGGAAUCUCUUGAAAUUUCGAAUUCAACGUUAAUAGAAGUUGCUAAUGCUACAACAACUGCUUCAAACAUUACAACAGAUACUAAAGCUGCAACCUCAAAAGCUAGUAGUGCUAAUAAAAAAAAAGAUAGCGUUUAUGAAGCAAUAAAGAAUUUUGAAGAAACCUUGACUUUCGAUAAUUUAACUGCUAGUAAUGGCAGCAACGAUAAUAAAAAUAACAUCGACACUGCUGCUAAUAUUGACAGUACUGCCACAGCUAGUAGUAAUAUUGGUAAAGAUGAAAAGUCAACAUUGUCGCCUUUACCAAAAACGUUGUCAUCGAAAGCAAAUAGUUAUGAAUCUAUAAUCAGCAAUUAUGCAAAAGGUGGUGAAUUAUUAGUAUCGGUAACUGAUGUGGACAUUGAUACCAAUAAUAAGAGUAGUAGUAAUAAUAAUAGUGCACAAGAAAUCGAAAAUGUUCAAAACGUUAGUAGUAAAAAUGAAGUGGUUGUUGUUGAUGAGAUCAGUGAUUAUGGAGAAUUGAAUAAGACUCCAACAAUAGUUAUAAAUAAUAAUGAAAUAUCUCAAGGAGAAACUGCAGCGAUUUAUAACAAAGACACCAGUGGAAUAUUAGCAUCUGAUGAAGUCGGUACAUCAUUAACAGAAAUUGUUGAACCUUUAUCACUAUCACCUUUAUCAUCCACAUUUGCAUCUGAUAUAUCGUCACACGACAUUAAUUUAUCACCAUCAUGUGACACGGAUGCAUCAGCACAUAAUAACGAUAUUAAUUUAUAA